GAAGAAGGCCCUGGCUGACCUUUUUCCGUGCCGUUUUCUCCUUCUUCCUGGCAUUUGUGUUUCCGUGUUCUCAGGGCUGGUAGGUUUUUGCUCCGCCCUAACACUUCGCGCCCAGCGCUCCAGUGACGUCAUGUUCCUGCGCUGCGUGGACGCCCGCCGGUGGAAGGAGGAAUAGCUAGCUCAGCGGCCCUUUGCCUCUUUUGUUGGGCUGUCGCUCCUUCCUAAUCAUGGCGCCAUCUCUGUGGAAGGGGCUAGUAGGCGUUGGCCUCUUCGCCCUAGCCCAUGCUGCCUUUUCUGCUGCUCAGCAUCGUUCCUAUAUGCGACUAACAGAAAAGGAAGAUGAAUCACUGCCAAUAGAUAUAGUUCUUCAGACACUUCUGGCCUUUGCAGUGACCUGUUAUGGCAUAGUUCAUAUUGCAGGGGAGUUUAAAGACAUGGACGCCACUUCAGAACUAAAGAAUAAGACAUUUGAUACCUUAAGGAAUCACCCAUCUUUUUAUGUAUUUAACCAUCGUGGUCGAGUACUGUUCCGGCCUUCGGAUGCGGCCAGUUCUUCAAACCUCGAUGCAUUGUCCUCUAACACAUCCUUGAAAUUACGAAAGCUCGAAUCACUGCGCCGUUAAGCUUUCUACAAAUUAAAUAACAGGACAGACACAGAAUUUAGUAUUGGAGUUUGGGGUGCAAAACACUCCCCCCAACAUCAGUAUUUAUAUUUCAGACCGAGUUAAAAAGAAAUCUAUAGCCCUUAUUUGUACAUUGUUAAUCAAAUCAUAAAUAGUGUAUUAAGUUAUCUGUGAAAUAAGUGUUUGGUCUUUCAUAUAGAGUUUUUUUUUUUCAUUUGAAAUAAUUCCCAUCUUUUGUAAGUCACUGUUUUGAACACACUUCUUUGAAAAAUGUUGGAGUUUUGUGAUUAUUUAUUUUCUUAGCUUUCUUUUCAUUUGCACUGCAGGUUAUAGGAAUCCUUUUUGAAGAACCAUGUGACUCCUGCAUUUUGCAGCAGUUAGUAAAAUUGCUUCUCCACGAGACCAAAAUGGUGGCCUCUCAGUUUUGACGUAUCCUUAAAAAGUGGCUCUGCCUUCGCAGGUACUUGCCAAUUUUCAGUUUAUCCAUGAUUUCUUACUGGACUCCGCUCCCAGAGACCUUCUAACAUCAGCUGUCUUGUUUAUCAUUUCUGAGAUUCUGUGUGCAGUGAACAAGUUUUGUGUCAGAAAUUCUAGUGUAACAAAUAUAUUUAACAAGUUCAACUUGUGUAAAGCUACUUGUGUUGUUUUGUUGUAAAAUUUUCACUGAUUGUGUAAUGUUAGACUAGUUGAAGAUAGACCAAAAAGACAGAUAAUUAUGUCAUUACCUUGCCUGUAUAGAAUAGCAUUCACAGAGAAUAACUGAUUGUCAUUGGCCAGUCUCACUCACUCCAAGUCUGUUAGUUUAUUUCAUACUAAACUAGUGAAAUCAUGAAAAUAAAGGAUACAUCUCAUUUACUCUAAAGGUAAACACAAAGAAAUUGUGCCAAAUGUGUUCUCAAUAUUUGGAAUUAUGUUUAAAUUCUCAAUUAAGGCCAUCUAAGAAAUUGUUUUGUAGCUUCUGAUCUCCAAGGACUAAAGUGAUGAUAAUGAAGUCAAAAUAGCAUGCAGGAAACACGUUCUUAUCAGAGUUAUCUGCCAUUGUCUUCGAAUGUUCCUUCACUGAAGAGACACUUGGUUUCUUCUCUUUGAGGCCUGUCUUCUUAGUGUUUCCGUACCAAUGUUGUUGAGAAACAAUUUACCUACCUUAUAAUUCACCCUUUCAAAGGGGAUAGUUGCCAGAUGUGACUCAUGUCUGUAAUCCUGAAACUCAGGAGACUGAGGCAAGAAGAUCACCACAAGUUCAGGGCCAGCCUGGGCUACUUACUGAGUUCCAAGCCAGUCUGAAAUAGAGUAAGACCUUUUAAAACUCUGUAAAAAUUAAAAAGGGUACAAGUAAGUGACUUUAAUAUAUUCACAAAAAUUGUGAAACCACUUUAUAAAUUUUGGACAUUUUGUUACCCCCAGAGGAACCUUGCAUUCUGUAGCAGUCACCUCUUAUUUCUUCCCAAAGUGUCCCCCCUGGACCCUCGGUAACUGCUAAUCUACCUUAUGUGAUCAUUUAAUAUAAAUGGGCUCAUAAGCUAUCUAGUCUUUUGUGUCUAGCUUCCUAAAUAUGGUUUCUUGUAUGGAAUGAGAAGUUCUCAUCUUGAGAACUUAGUGCAAUGAAAGGAAGUGGUUGAGGGGCUGCAGAUGUAACUCCAGUAGAGUGCUUGCAUAGCAUAUUCAUCUGAAGUACCACAGAAAAAAAGAAAGGAAGUGGUUGGAAAAUCCAUAGAUUUUAGGAGGGAAGACCAGAUACCUGAUAGGUGUCUCAGUUGAUCUUGAAUAGUUUUUCCUCAUAGUUAAACAUCCUACUGCUUAGAACAUUCUGUCUAGUCUCUCCAAUGGAUAUUAAAAAUCUACUCCUGCCUACCCAGGAAAGAUAAUCAAGCUAAAAACUGUGGCAAAUUGAGAUGGUAAGUUUCAGGUGUGACCCACUUUUGCCAGUGACUUUUGUACCUCAAACUGAGUAACAUCCCAAAUUUUUGAAAUUUACUCCAGUGAAUUUCUGCUGUCUUCUUGAAGUAUGGUACUAUAGGACUAAAUAAGAUUUGGGUGCAUUAUAACAGUGCUAAAUGUAUUAAGUACAGAAUUGUAUUUACUGUGCGAUAGUCCAUUACUGCCUAGGGUAGUUCAAAAACAUAGUGAUGAGAGCAAGUUAAGCCUGCAUUGGACAUGAUUUGUGUGACAUUGAAAAGUAGGAGGUGUGUACUGUGAAAAUUCUUCAGAAUGCAGGGACACAUUCACUUCUUAAUAACCAGGGAACUAGCCAAAUACUGUGGACUAAUGGCUCAGCUGCAGAAAAUGCAAAUUGUGAAUCAUUUCUAAUAAUUAUUUCCUAAGCACUUGCUGCUUACUUUUGAGUGACAUGAUAGCACCUUCCAGGUUGUAUGUGGCCUGUUUCCACAAUGUAUUGAGUACUGUUGUUUGUUUUAAGCAUUGAUGCUUGUAACACCAGGUUAAACACAUUUUUGGAUAUGUUUCCUCUCAUUAAAUGACCGUGCCCCGUCCAAUAAAGAAAUGAUUGUCUCACCCUGGUUUUGGUAGUGGAUUCUUGUUUGUUCAUUUUUGAGUUUUAAUCUCAUUUCUUCAGUGUUUCUG